AUGACUAAGAUCAGCCUAUCUCUCUACCUGUUGACCGGUACUUUGUUCCUGACCAGUCUCACAUAUUCUGUAGUACCUUCCCUGCAAGUACAAGUUCAAGAUGAAAGUAUAAACCAGCAGUCAAAUGGAAAUGUGUACGAGACUCCCCAACUCGAGGUUGAGAGCCAUCGGAAUGAUAUGCCGCUUGGUGCUGCGUAUUUCCACGACUGUGCAGCCCUCUUCCCUCUACUCUACUGGACCAGUGCAGUACAGGAUGGAGUCUUCCCCAUCAAACCUGAGUCUAACACUGACCACUUUGACGUCUUCUGUGACAUGACUACAGAUGGUGGGGGCUGGACUGUCAUACAGAGGAGGUUCAACGGGACCCUUAACUUUGAUAGGUUCUGGGCAGACUACAAAAAUGGGUUUGGGAGGAUCGAAGGGGAACACUGGCUUGGACUGGACAAGAUACACAACUUGACAUCCCAGAAUAGCUAUGAACUGUAUGUGGAGUUAAGAGACUGGGAAGGCAACUUUACUUACGCUAAAUAUGAUACAUUCAGCAUUGGGGAUGAGAGUACAGGUUAUACACUGCACGUUGGGGGGUACAGUGGGGAUGCUGGGGACUCUAUGGACUACAGUAAUGGUAGGAAAUUCAGUGCCAGAGAUAAUAAUAGGGACAAUGAUGGGUUUAGCUCUGCCCACUGUGCCCAGGCACGUUCGGGCGGCUGGUGGUAUUACGGCUGUACUUACUCUGGUAUCAACGGUCCGUACUUCCAGCCAGAGGACUAUCAUGGUGCUGACACAGGGUGGGGUGUUUAUUGGUACCACUGGAAAGGUUACUACUACUCACUGAAGGCCACCAAAAUGAUGGUUCGGCCUCGCAACUUUACCCGCAAACUGUAACU